GCCCGUACUAAAAUGGCUUCAACCUCCCGCAGGGUCGGAGUCUAUUUCUGACGGAUUUUAAUCAAUAUAUAUGAUUCGGUUUAACUGGUGAUGACUGACAUCAUAUAUAUCAUAAAUAUUUACUGAAUAGAAAUAAGAAUAGUUAAACAUGAAGUUAGCCAUAGAUAGCAUCCUUGCUAACCAAAACAACUGAACUAGGUUAUGCUACCCGGAAAUAUUUCACGGGCCGGAAAGGACCGAUGUUAAGUGAGCACACGUCAUUCACUUUUACCCAAAAAAAUUAUCACGGACCGUCCAAAACAAUUUAGCCGACAAAAACAUCAUCAACUCAUCAGUGCCAAUGGGGAUUGAUGCUGUCAUAUGGCGAGGAAAAUGUUGCAGCCUCAAAUACUGAGUAUUUCGAGUGAAAGGGGGCCGAGCAUUCAACUAGCUCAGCAUCAGUGAAAAUGGCUAUGGCUAACGAGUCGAAAACAGGACGCAGAAAUGGAGAGCUAAGCGAAUGGUAGCUAGAUGUUAGGAAGGCGUGACAGGCCGCAUCCAUCUAGCCCUGAACUUGUACUUGAUGUGUAGGAUUGGUCUUCUGCAUUAUGUGAAAGGCAAUCAAAAAGAUCUCCCCUAGGUUGUUGGGGGACUCGUACCCCUCGCACAUAUUUAGACUCAUUGACAUCUGUCCAAAUUUAAAGCGAAAAGAAGCCAACAUCAUGUUCCACAGAAAGAGUGAAUGAACAGAACUGGAUAAACAGAAAAUAUGGAUGAAAACACUAGCUGAAACAGCUAACAAGCAGCUGUCACCUGACUGCUCACUAAUAAAAAUUGUUCUGUGCCAUAAAACACCAACACAAACCAACAAACAGGAUUAGGCUAGACAAAGACUUCAUUUCCCACAAUACUAUACUGGCUGUGUUUAAACGACUUUCACUCCCAAAAUGUUACCAACUCAUUAAUGUGACAAAGAGCAUACGGUAUCCCCAUCCAAAAGAACUGUAAGGACGUUGCUUUUGAGAACUAUCCUCCCCAAACGCACACAUACAGUGCUCACUGUAUAACCCCACUCCCCACAAACCUGCUCCCUCUCCUCUUGAAUGGAGAGUGGUGGCAGUGGGCGAUCGGGCGGAAGUAGCAGCAGCCGAAGUGCGCGAACAGGUGGGAGCAGCAGCGUUAUCGGGCGGAGUUCAGGAUCCAGCCGAGGCGACUCGGGCGGUUCCAGGUCGAGCAGUGGCGCCGCAGGAUCCCUCGGCCGAAGCUCAACUGUCGGAGGCAGCGGUGGAAUAAUUGUCGCCGCUCCUGGCACUGGAGGUGUGGCUUCUGCACCCCCAUGUGCCAGCGAGUGGGAGAUGUUCCAGUUUGGAAAAUACAAUUUGGACAUAAUAGAGAUGCUAAGCGGACACCAGGCCCAUCAGUUCAAAGGCCUCGGUUUAGAACGACAGCUACAGCAUCAGCAACAGGUGCAGCUUCACCAGCACCAGCUCCAACAGCAGCAGCAGCAACAGGCCGAGACCUCAGGGGCCCUCUUGUCUGGGCUUGGGCUUGGGCCCCUCCAAGGGUCCAGAAACAACGCCUUUUCAGAUUCCGCCUCGAUUUUCGGUAAGAUGAGCGCACCUCCUCCUCCCCCUUUACAACAGCAGCCCUCGUCGUCUGCUCAGAGCUCAAGGUCCAAGUCGAGCAAGAUGAGUAGCAGCAGCUCGAGCCACGUGUCGGGCUACCCGCAGUUCCUGCGGUCCUUUCACCCGACUGAGGCUGCUCUGGCACAGGAGCAACUGCAUUCUGGGGUGGGCCGCUUCGAGCACUUUGCCGGGGCCAGCGGCGGUGGAGGUGCUGGGGGAUUGGGAGUUGCCCCUCCUCCGCCACCUCCUUUGCAUCCAGGCCUCUCGGUCCCCCAAGCUUCACCCGGCCCUUCGUCAUCUUCCCCCUCCCCCUCCAGCUCAGUGGCUACGAACAAUCCGCCCAGCAGCAGCGCUGUCACCUCUCUGGGCCACCAGUUGGUCGGGGCCCAGUCUGAUGCACGGAGCCUUCACCAGCAGUUCAGUUGCAUGCUAGCUGCUAAUCAGUACUUUCUCUCUGGGGUGCCUGCUAAUGCUAGUUUAGAGCAGUUUCUGGUUCAGCAGGGGACCCACAACCACCUGGGGUUAGGUUUAGGUCAGAGUGAGGGUUCCGGCUCGGGCCUGGCUCCGCCUCCUGCCCUGCAUUCCUCUCAUUCCCACGGUCACUCUGCUGCCCAGCCCCAACAGCAGCCACAGCCACCACAACAGCAGCAGCUGCCCCCCCAUACCCUGUCUCACCCCCACUCUCACUCCCAUCCCCACCACCCCCUCCACCCAGGCUCACAGCCCUCCUCCCUGGGUGGUUUUGACUUCCAGGGCAUCCCGGUUCUCUCCUCCAACCAGCUGGCCUCCCUGAUGCAGCAGGAAGCGGGCCUGCCCCUCCCCCUGCCGCUUCAUCUUUCCCUCUCCAAGGAUGACGGCAAGGGGGACAGCAGCGGGGGUGGAAGCAGCAGCAGCAGGAGGAAGAAAGCGAUGGCUGGUUACCUGCCACAGAGGAAGUCAGACGGGGGUAGUAACAGCAGCAGUGGCCAUGGUAGUGGGAACCCCAAUGCCAGCAGCAGUGCAGGUGGUCUGGGCCAUGACCCCUCCCCGGGACUGGUCGGGGGAGGGGGUGGAGGGGUCGGCAUGACCGGUUUGGGAGGAGAUCCAUCCCUCCACGCCUCCUCGUCGUCCUCAUCCUCAUCCGUUGUCUCCUCCUCGUCUUCCUCUGCCCCCUCCUCGGCCGCUGCGUCGGUCCUGGUCACUAAUGGUUCUCACCUCUCCAAGAGUGACAAUAUGGGCUCCCUGGGGUCUGCGCCUGCGCAGGCCGACACCGACCCGCUCUACCAUUGCGGCGAGUGUGGCAAAACCUUUACUCACCUCUCCAGCCUUCGCAGGCACCUGCGCAUGCAUGAAUCUACCGCCGCAGGUACCAGCACGAACGCCAGCAUUAACCCAAAUCCUACCCACAUCCAGCCCCCGUCUGACCCCAGCCUCCCUCACUCCACCCAGGACCUGGGCUCCCAGUCCAACUCCCAGUCCUCCCAGCAGUCAUCCAGCUCGGCCCAGACCUCGUCCUCCUGCCCCAGCCCGGACAAGACCUUCCAUUGUUCGGAGUGCGGCAAACACUUCAAGAAGAAGGGGCACCUCCUUCAGCACGGUGUCAUCCACUCGGAGGCUCGUCCGUACGGCUGCAGCAUCUGCUCGAGGGCGUUCAACCGCCGCGAAUCGCUGACGCGGCACGAGAAGAUUCACCAGGACAAGCCCUUCCGCUGCCCCGCUUGCGGCCGGUGCUUCCGGGAGAGCACCUCUCUGCUCAACCACGCCGCCUCCGGGACAUGCGGCAAGCCCGGGAGGGCGCUGAAACCCCAGGGUGGCAGCAAAGAAGAAGCUGUGGGCGAGGGUGGAAUGGGGGGAGGGGGUGGAGGAGGGAGUGGCGGAGGAGGGGAUUACCAGGGCGGGAGAGGAGAGAUAUAUGGGAAAACGGAGGAAGAGGAGGGCGUAAUAAUGGGAGACGAGGAAGGUCAGAAGUCCAGGCUAGGUUGCGAUGGUGGCCUGUUUCAGUCGGGGAGGGGCGGAAACGGCAGCAGAGACAGGCCGGAAAGUAAAUACCCCGCUGAUUAUUCUCGGAAUCGUUACACAGGCUACCAUGACGAUCACCGCUCUCAAGGUAACCCAUCACCAUGUUAUUCUGGCGCCUCCCCAUGCGGCAGCGGGAUGGCGGGCCCGGCGCUGAGGAAGGCGCCGUUGGCCCCCACGCUGCACCCGCACCCUCAGAGCCAAACCCAACAUCACCAGCAGCAGCAACCCCACCUCCCCCUGUCCUCCCUCCUGGAUGACUCCGAAGACGACGUUACCAGCUCGGUCAACAACGCCAUCUCUGCCAUCGCCGCAGCUGCCGCCAACUGUGACAUGAACAGCGGGAACAGAGGCGAUGAUCGGAGGGAUAUUAUCGGGGGGCUUUUGGGCGGGCUGGGCUUAGGUCCCCUGGGUUCCCCUUCCUCAACAUCUGGGAUAGAUAAGAAUUACAGAGGGGGGAACCAGGACGGCAUGAGUGGUAAUAUGAGCCACAACCAACAGCAGGAGAAUAAUCCGCAGAACCCUGCUGCCAAACCAAAACGUCCCCGGAAGCCCAGGAAGCCCAAAGAUCCCAAUGAUCCGCCGAAACGCAGGCAGUACACGCCCAGAGCUCCCAGAGGGGCCAGCAACGUCCCGCGGCCGUACCUGUGCAGCGUUUGCGGCCGGGGUUUUGCCCGCCGCGAGACCCUGCGUCGCCAUGACCGGGUCCACACCGGGGAGAAGCCCCAUCAUUGCACAACGUGCGGGAAGUACUUCAGAGAGGCCUUCCACCUCACCAAGCACCACACCGUUCACUCUGGGGAGAAGAAUUACAAGUGCAGCCUGUGUGGGAAAGAGUUUGGCUACUCUCAGAGCCUCAAGAGGCAUGGCAAGCUCCAUCAGAAAGGAGAGAUGGAAGAGGUGCCCACAACACCAGGCGGGGAGAACCUCGGCAGCUUCAACUCAAACCCCUCGUGUGGUAUGAGCCAAGACAGGGAGCAGAACCAAGGAAGCACCUCCUCGUAUUACUCAUACCCCCAAGAUGUCAAACCCCAAAGCUCUAGCAGCCAGCCCCCGCCCAGGCUCUACACCUGUGCGAUAUGCUGGAAGUCUUUCCGCCAUCACUUCCACCUGACGGCUCAUCACCAGACGGUGCACGAGAAUGGCGGCGAGAAGCUGUUCAGCUGCGAGGUGUGUGGGAAGGCGUUCGCCUACUCCAACAGUCUCACCCGACACAGGUUGUCACAGCACGGCCUGACUCGCUCCAGCCCCACCAAUGCACCGGGGGGUGCCAGUGGGUCCGACGGCAACGGUGCCCCUGGCGGCGGAGUGAGUGGGCCUGCGUCAGAGAGCGAGGCAGCCACCAACGCCCUCCUUCAGAUGGCACCUUCCACCGAGGGCCACGGGGGGCAGCAGAGUCACAGUGUUGUCACCCACAGCCACCAGCAGCAGCCGCCUCAGCCCCCAGCCGGCUAUUCCCCCCUGUUUUACGAUGCUGGUACGGCCCACUCCUCGGCCUCUAGCGUGCCUCCCUACUCCCAGCCGCUGCCGCCCAACUCCACCAUCAUGCCCCCGCAGCACCAACAUUCCCCAGCAAGAGUGAAGGGGGAGCAUAUCUACCCAGCCGGGUCCAGCAGUCACACCCUUCACACGACGGCUCCAUUCCAGCCCCUCACAGAGCUGCCAUCUGACCACCACCAUCACCACCACCACCACCACCACCACCAUUCUUCACACCACCACCACCACCGCUUAGAGCCCCAGUCUCAGCCGACACACCACCAGAACAUUCAGUCACACGAGGACACCAGGCACAAGAAGAAGAAGAAAAAGUCCGACAGGAGGGAGGGGAGGGGGGAUAUGUGGGGGGAGGCCUCGGGCUUAGUCAGAAACGAGGGGAAUAGAGACAAGAGGAAGACGGGGUCCGUUUCACAAAAGCAGCGUAGGAAGAAAAAACUGCUUCUGAAGAUAAGACGGGGGGGAGCAGGAGGGGGGGGUUAUGAGCUGGUCACAACAGGAGGAAUGAAGAUCCAGAUCCUGUCGUCUCUCAGGGGUCCUGCGAAACGUUUUGCCUGCCCCAUCUGUCCCCACGCCACGUUCGCCCGCCAGGCAGGCCUGUUGACCCACAGGGCGGCCAAACACACCAAGAGAGUCCUGAGCCCCCAGGAGCGCCUGCGCUGUGGCGUGUGUGGGAAGCAGUCUCACCGGCUCCUGGCUGCCUUCAUCCACCGGGCGACUCAUCAAGCCCGGGGGUCCUUCUCCUGCAGACGCUGCUCGGCUCGCUUCUGGAACGCCCCCCUCCUCCGCAGACACAAGGUGACCUGCCGAAAUAGGGCCAAGGGACUGCCGCGAGGUGGCACUAUCAGUCUGAAGUCAUCCAAGAGGGCAGGGGAGAGGAAGAGGGAUGAGCAGGGGGAGAUGUCAUCCCUGCAGACAGAGUAUCGUUAUUGAGCCUGCUGACUGCUGAAGUAGUGGCAUUUAGAAUUUCACUGAUAAGAGAGGCGCAGCAUUUUGGAAAAGACAUCGGAGAUGGAUGUUUUUAAGCAAAACCCUUUUGGGUGGGUAGGGGGACUUUGAAUUGGCCUUGUCUGUCUGGACCUCAUCAACUCAACUCUUACUGUCAACUGACUGUUGGAACGUGUAUGUGUGUGUGUGUGUGUGUGUGUGUGUGUGUGUGUGUGUGUGUGUGUUAACAACAUGAACUACUGUAGAUUAACCAAGGAUCAACUGAAAUUCGUCCAUCAGAACUGUACGGAGGACGUUGAAAGACAUGACUGUUUUCAUAGGAUCAUUAACCCUUAAGUGCAUUGACACUAUGCUUGGCUGACACUGUGCAGUUAUUAGACAAGUCUAGGUGAUUUGACCUGCUAAUGUAUCUCUUCCCCCACCCCUUUACUCCUAGCCCUGCUAUACUCCUCGCUGUAUGAUAACUCUGUCUCUGCUGUGUACUUUGUCUUGUUGAUGUUCCAUUAGAGCCCUUUUGGGGAAUUCUUUUUUUUUUAUGUGAAAAGUGCAUUUAGUAGGAGUAGGGAGUGGGGGGACACAGACUUUUGGUUGGUAGAGAGACGGUCUGUCGCUGCAUGUGUUUUCAUUGGUCAGGUGGUUGCCCAGGUUGUUAAUUCACAAUGUGAUGUUUAAUUCAGUACAUCCCUAAAAGGAUGUUUUAACGAUUUUACAAAGUUGCAGAAAAAAAUUUAAAUCCCCCUAGUAAAUUAAUCAUAUCUUAAAAACGGAUUUUAAGAAGGUUAAUAUUAAGUUAUGUAGGUAUUCACAUCCAGCCAAAAAAAGUGACAUAAAAGCCUUUCUAAUCAUGAUCACAUUAUUUCAUUUUCAUGCCUGUGGAAACAUUUAUAGCUUUUAUACCAAGAGAUUGAGAUCAAGACAGGAUGUGUACUGUAACAUAUAUUGUGUUAAUAUCUUAUCACUGUUGUAUUUUUCUUUUCACAAAAUACAUUAUUUAGUUUCAACCGUUUCUUCUCUAAAAUGGGUUAACAGCUAGGAGCUGUCAUUGUAGCAACCGGUCAUGAUUACAUGUAGUAGUGUGUGUAACUGAAUCUGUCUACCUGCUAAUCUUCAUCUUCACCUUUCCUCUUCUGUUGUUUUUUGCUGAGUUGCAAUCAUGUUCCCUGUCAAGCCUUGUCUUUUCUUCUGAAGAAAAAAAGAAAAAUAAUAGUACAUUUCUAUCACUUUAUUUACUUAAGUAAAACGAAGAUAGUUGAUGAUUAUACUUCAUUCAGCAAGAUAGUUGUUGAUUAGACUUCAGCAUUGAAUAAAACACGUGUUCUCAGCUGUGCUUUUUCUCCAUGUAUCUUUUAAGGUAAAUAAUGAAGAUCAGGAUGCUUACUGAUAACUGAACGUUUGGGUAUUGAAACUAUAAUGAGUAAAAUGUUACAAAUACCAAAAUCAGUAUAAACGUUUUAAAGCUUGUGUCCCAGAUAUAGUUGAAUAGUUGUGUGAGCCUGAUGGAUUUCAGGAUGUCGUCAUGGAUACCAAUAAAUUUAAACUUAGUACAACUAUG